UCACUGUGAGGGCCGGUGCUAACUAGAGCUGCUUGAGCCAGAAAAAGGAAGAAUCCCGAGGCAGAAAGGAAUGACUUUGAGCAAGCAGGUGGUAGCGCGUGUGUACGAUGGGUUCGAAGCCGAGUCGAUUCGGUGUGUAGGGGGCACGGCAAGCGAUGCGAGUGCUACGAUGAGACGGAGGCAGGAGGCACUUGAGGCACUUGAGGCACUUGAGGCACUUGAGGCACUGGGAGCACCGAAAGGACACGAACACCAAGGGCGAGACGGGGUGAAGAAGAGGUCCCAGGUAGAUGGUGGGGGGAAAGAGAGUGCAGGAGGAAGCAGGAAGGAGGGUGAGAAACGGAAGCCAAGGAGAGCGAGAGGGUGGAAGAGAGGAGAAGAGCGAGGUGGGAAUAUGACCGAUAUGGAUGAUUGCCCCCUUGAGUGUGGGAGCAGCACUACUUGCUUGGCCCUUCGCCCGAAGUGGGCCGUGGUUGCUCUGCUGCUGCUGCUGCUGCUGCUGCUCCUUCAGGGUUUCAAGGGCGAGCGGGGUGGGGCGCAUCAUCCAAUGGCCGUUCGUCGUCCGUCGGUGUCGUCUGUCGUCGUCGGUGGUGGGUCGCCAAGACUGGCCCUGGGCCGAGGUGCCUGGGGGGCGUUGCUUCUCCUGCCGCGCCACGCUUCUCCGACGCAGAGGACAGUGGAGCGGCACGGAAACCCAAGCAAGCUACAAACACAAGGGCGAAGAGCAGCAGCAGCAGCACCUGCACCUGCGCCUGCGCCUGCACCAACGGCACCCACCCAACAGCACCACCAAGGGUUCCACUCCAAGCGCUAAGCUGACGAAGACGCGCCCGCCGCCGUGCCUCCGCCCUCUGCUUCGCUUAGCCGCUCCAACGGGCCCGCCGGCCCCGAUUGAUUCGCUUCGCCCUGCUGCCUUCCAUACUUGGACCUCUUCAUUUCCGCCGGUUGCCAAGCCUACAAGGCCGAGCGAGGAGAGACAGUCUGAGGAAAUGGAGCCAAGCCAGCGUGCAAUGCAGCUAACGCGCCAUGCAGCCAGAGUCUCAAAGAGAGAGGAAUGCUCGCGUGGGGAUCCAGGGCUAGAAUACCUCAUCUGUUCACGACACUCCCGAGUCACGCAACAAGUGCUUACCUGCCUGCGUGUGAAGGCGUAGAAGGAUCAUGGGAAUCCGCGACCCCACUUGCUGAGCUAAAGCGCCUCGCCCUGAUAGACAAGAUAGGCGCGAGGGAAACAACUUUGCUCACCCCAAGUAUCGGCUUCGGAGACAAAGCGUCUUGCGACCGUGGGAACGCAGCACGAAUCCAACAGGACUGAGGCCAGGCCACCGCCCCUCGCUUUCCGCGACAGAUCCCAUCCGUGUCUUAAACCAUCAAGGUACUCUUGAUAGUGAAAGAGAGAGAGCGACAGCACUUGCAGACAGUGGCAGCAGCGGAGAUACUUCGGCUACCACAGCAGCAACGAGAC